AUGUACUACGCGGCUUGCUCUGGCAAGCUGGACAUUAUGCGCCUGCUACUGGAGGCCGGCGUUGAUCCAAACACCGCGGCCUCAUACGGAGAGACCGCCCUGUGCAUCGCGGCUUGCUGUGGCCAGCUGGACAUCGUGCGCCUGCUACUGGGGGCCGGUGUAGAUCCAAACGUCGCCGAGACGAAGACCGGGAACACGCCGCUGAUGAUGGCGGCGUAUUCGGGCACGGAGGCAGCGCUGAACAUCAUGCGCCUGCUACUGGAGGCCGCAGCCAAGCCCAACGUCGCCGAUAUGUACAGCGGGGAGACGCCGCUGAUGAUAGCGGUGAAGAAGGGCGAGGAGGCGGCGGUGCGGAUGCUGCUGUCACACGGCGCCAAUGCCAACGCCGCCAACUCGUGCGGACAGACCUCCCUGUACUACGCGGCUCGCUCUGUCCAGCUGGACAUCAUGCGCCUGCUACUGGAGGUCGCAGCCAAGCCCAACGUCGCCAAUACGGACAGCGGGGAGACGCCGCUAAUGAUGGCGGCGUUGCGGGGCUCGGAGGCGGCGAUGAUUACUCACCUCUUGAAACACGGAGCUGACCCAAACCUCGUCGAUUGUAACAAGAGGACGCCGCUCGCUAUAAUAGGCAGCCAGGCGGAGUUGAGAAGAUACAACAUGCGAGCAGCACUUGUGGCGUCAGUGGUACAAGCGGCUACAGCUCUCCUACAGACGUGCGAGUCCGCCGGCGUACUUCUACAGGUUAACACACGUGACAGCAGGGGCAACACCCCGCUGCACAGCUUCUGUACGGCGAUGCUCGCAUGCGAAGACGAUGUUUACGCGCGACAGAGGGAAGGAUGCGUACAGAUAGUGCAUGCGCUGCUGUUCAACCACGGCGCACACGUCGACGUGGUGAACGCACUGGGAGAGACGCCAUACAAACUCUGGCGCCGGAUUUACCCGACGCGUUUCCGCGGCAUCGUGGAGUCGAACGACGAGAUACAUGGCAGAAUGAGCGCGCAGUAUCAUUCGCUGAAGUGCCACUGCGCACGCCUUAUCGUCAGACACAGCAUUGCAUACGAAAACAGGCUGCCUUCGAGUCUCAUAGAAUUUGUCAUCCUCGAGUCCAAGUCCGAGUCAUUGUACUCCGAGGCCAAGACCGAGACCGAGACCAAAGAAAACGGUCUUGAGGCCGGUCUCGAUGCCAAAACCGGCCUCAAAACCUACAACACUGGCACACGCUAG